UAACCGCAUCCUUUUUUUGGUGUAGGUUUGGGGAAUGGCGUCUUAUUUUGGUACCACCAAUUUUUAUCAAGCCAGUCAACCAGCUGAACGAAACCAAGAAGCCACCUUAUACGUUGGAAACCUCGAUGAAAGAGUUUCAGAAGAACUAUUGUGGGAACUCAUGGUUCAAGUAGGUCCGGUGAAACACGUGUAUAUACCGAGAGAUAGAAUAACUGGACAGACACAGGGUUAUGGGUUUGUAGAGUUCAAAAAUGAAAUGGACGCUAUAUACGCUACUAAAGUGUUGAAUAUGGUCAGAGUUUAUGCCAAGCCUUUAAGACUUCAACAAGCAAGUACCGAUAAACGAAGUAUGGAUAUUGGGGCAAACUUGUUUGUCGGAAACUUGAGCCAAGAAGUUGACGAAAAGCUGCUUUAUGACACAUUUAGUGCUUUUGGGGCUAUCAUUGAGACACCUCAUAUAAUGAGAGACCCAGAAACAGGGGAAUCAAAAGGUUAUGGUUUCAUCAAAUUUGACUCGUUUGAAGCAAGCGAUGCAGCUAUUGAAACUAUGAACGGCCAAUUCUUGGGAAAUAACCAAGUUACUGUGCAAUAUGCGUUUAAGAAAGACACCAAAGAACGUCACGGUUCUCAGGCAGAACGAAUUUUGGCUGCUCGAGCCAGAGCUGUGUCUGCCAACGCUUUAUUGAGGCCACACUCGAUGUUCUCCUUAGGUCCACAGGCUGCACUUGCCUAUUCGGGACUAUCUUAUCCUGCAAUGAUGCCAACAGCUUAUCCUCCUGGAGUACAAACUUUCAAUUAUGGAGACAAAGAACAAUCUGUAAAACAACAAUAAAAAUUUUGAACAAAGAACGCUUUUUAAUGAAAGGAAAAAAAGGCAGUUUCAAACGUGUUUCAUUGACUUCUUACAAGUUGAAGAUUCCUCUCAAGUUUCAGAU